AUGGCCCAUGAAAAGUUGUUCUUGAAUUUCAAGAGGGUUCUUCUGGUUUUCAUGGUGUUGAGUGCCAAAAAUGUAGUCUUCACAAGGUGCCAAGAAGAUGAUAAUGGUGAUGGAGUUAGUAGCAAAAAUGCAUUAGUGCCAGCCAUGUUUGUUUUUGGGGACUCUUUGAUUGACAAUGGCAAUAACAACAAUUUACCCUCAUUUGCAAAGGCCAAUUAUUUCCCUUAUGGCAUUGAUUUUAAGAGUGGCCCAACUGGGAGGUUCUGUAAUGGCUACACAAUGGUUGACACAAUUGCUGAGUUGCUUGGGCUACCAUUGAUUCCUGCAUAUUCUGAGGUCUCGGGUGACCAAAUGAGAUAUGGGGUUAAUUAUGCAUCUGCUGCUGCUGGCAUUCUUGAUGAUACUGGCAGAAAUUUUGUUAGCCGAAUCCCGUUCAACCAGCAGAUCAAGAAUUUCGAGAGCACGCUCGACCAAAUUAAGGACACGCUUAACGUGUCCGAUUUAGCACAGGCUUUAUCCAAAUGCAUUUUCUUCGUUGGAAUGGGAAGCAAUGACUAUCUCAACAACUACCUAAUCCCGAAUUACGACACAAAGAAUCAGUACAAUGCUCAACAAUAUGCCGAUCUUUUGGCUCAACAGUACUCCCAACAACUCACCAGGUUGUACAAUCUUGGAGCUAGGAAAUUUGUGAUAGCUGGUAUUGGGCUCAUGGGUUGUAUUCCAAGCAUAUUAGCUCAGAGUAAUAAUGGCAUUUGCUCGGAGCAAGUGAACAAGCUCGUUCUCCCUUUCAAUACAAACACGAAGGCCAUGAUCAAUAACCUUAGUACAAAUCUCCCGAGCACGAGUUUUUCUUACAUCGACAUUCGGAAAAUGUUCCAAGAUCUCCUUGCUAAUGCCGGAUCAUACGGGUUUGAUGUGAUAAAUCGAGGUUGUUGUGGUAUUGGGAGAAAUAGUGGGGAAAUAACUUGCCUUCCGUUUCAAACUCCGUGUACGGAUCGAAACGGCAUACAACAAAACCAGAUCAUUGCUGUGGCAUCACCUGGACGAGUAGCUCUUGUUGCUAAGACCACUUGUUCGUUUCUGGUUUUGGUUCCUCUGCUCGUCUUGUGCAUCAGAUGUAUAAUCUUCGCCUUUCAAAAUAUAGUAUCGGCAAAAUUGAGAUAUCGAGCUUUGAAUAAAUUGGGAGCACGUCAAAGUAGGUCUAAUAGCAUGAGAUGGAAAGCUGUUCUUGAUGACUCGAUUGACGCACAACCUGACCCAGAUUCUGAUGAUGUGGAACGAUUGCAGUACAAAGAGAUAGCUCACGAUACUCGUGCUUAUACCAAGCUUGAAGAUGAAUAUAAGGAGUUCCUAUCUCAAUACAGUCCUGCCUGGUGA